AUGGAAGCAAAAAUCUUAGAUGUCAUCACACUGCUGUCCUUCAAACAAAGCAUCACUCUGCAGAACGUGAACAAACUGAACCUCCUGAGGCUCGCCCCUGGUGGUCACGUUGGACGCUUCUGCAUCUGGACUGAGAGCGCUUUCCGCAAGCUGGAUGAGCUGUAUGGCACCUGGCGUAAACCCGCCACCCUUAAACUGGGCUACAACCUCCCAAUGCACAAGAUGACCAACACAGACCUAAGCAGGAUUCUUAAGAGUGAGGAGAUCCAGAAAGCACUUUGUGCACCCAACAAGAAGAUCAACCGCAGAGUUCUGAAGAAGAAUCCUCUGAAGAACUUGAGGAUAAUGCUCAAACUGAACCCUUACGCCAAGACAGCAAGACGUAAUGCCAUCCUCAAGCACGACCCUUCGAUCAAGGCCAAGAUGCUGAAACCCAAGAAGAUGCCUGGAAAGAAUGAUAAUAUUGUGAUAAUAAAACAAGGAUUUCAAAUUUGAGUCAUGUCGUUCAAAAUUUUAUUUCACAACACUUAACACAAAAGAUUUGAAUCUGUUGGUGCUGAAAGGACAUUGAGGCAAAGAGGAAUAUCAAGCACAACGGUUGAGCAGCGUUUAUAGUUAAAUAUUUGA